AUGUUUGAUCAGCUUGGAAAGGGCACUGAGAUGAUACUGCAUUCGCAGACGUUGCUAGCAGCCCGAGUGCUGCAACCUAAAGCGUCAAACAAGGCUGCCUCCGAGCAUAAAUCGCGAAAGCGGAAGCGGAUCCAAGAAGGUGGGGACCUUUCAAAAGAACAAGCAGAGGAUUUGACAGCUGAACUAAAUGUUAGAGCGCAGGUAGACGAGGCAACGCGUGAAGGUAAGGCCCGAACAGCUGCAAGCAAGCAGCGCAAAAGGCACUGCAAGCGCUACGGAGAGACAAGGCAUAAUUCCCGCGCGUGCGAAAAAGAAAUUAUAGAAGUUAACGAUUAA